GUUCCGUUAGCCUGGAUGUCUGACGGGUUCCAUCAUUACCGGGGAAGUAGAAGUUACCAGUUCAGUUUAAGAUUCAUUUCCCACCUGUUUUAAACACCUUUGUGUUUUACCAAAGGCUUUGUGGUCCGAAUACACGCCGUGAUAUUUCCAUAGCUCCUGUUAUUCUGAAAAAUGGCUCACCUACCAGCGCUUUUCAAGUAUGUGGACGAAAACCAGGACCUGUAUGUGAAGCGCCUGGCAGAAUGGGUCGGGGUCCAGAGUGUGUCUGCAUGGGCCGAGAAGCGCGGCGAGAUCAAGAAGAUGAUGGAAAUGGCUGGCAAAGACAUCGAGAGGCUGGGGGGGACAGUGGAGCUGGUGGACAUCGGCAAACAAAAGCUUCCCUCUGGUGAGGAGAUCCCUCUCCCUCCCAUCAUCCUGGGCCAUUUGGGCUCAGACCCGGCCAAGAAGACGGUGUGUAUUUACGGUCACUUGGAUGUCCAGCCUGCUCUGCUCGAGGACGGCUGGGACACGGAGCCUUUCACUCUGGUAGAAAAAGACGGUAAACUCUAUGGAAGAGGAUCCACUGAUGACAAGGGCCCAGUGUUGGCCUGGUUUAACUGCAUUGAGGCCUAUCAAAAGAUCAAGCAGGAUCUUCCCAUCAACAUCAAGUUCUGCUUCGAAGGGAUGGAGGAAUCUGGGUCUGAGGGCCUGGACGACCUGGUGUUUUCCCGAAAAGAUUCGUUUUUCAAAGACGUGGAUUAUGUCUGCAUCUCAGACAACUACUGGCUGGGGAAGACUAAACCGUGCAUCACCUACGGCCUGAGAGGAAUCUGCUAUUUCUUCAUGGAGGUUGAGUGCGGCGACAAAGACCUACACUCAGGUGUCUUUGGCGGCUCAGUUCAUGAGGCCAUGACUGAUCUCAUUGCACUCAUGGGCUCUCUGGUCGACAGAAGGGGAAAGAUUUUGAUUCCUGGGAUGUAUGACAGCGUGGCUCCUCUCACAGAAGAGGAGAAAAAGCUGUACGAGAAGAUCGAUUUCGACUUGUGUGAGUACUGCAAAGAUGUGGGAGUUGGAAAGCUGCUGCAUGAUAGCAAGGAACAAAUCCUGAUGCACCGCUGGAGGUACCCAUCUCUUUCUCUGCAUGGCAUUGAGGGAGCUUUUUCUGAAGCUGGAGCCAAGACUGUCAUCCCCCGCAAGGUCAUUGGCAAGUUCUCCAUCCGCCUCGUCCCUGACAUGGACCCCAAAGUUGUGGAGAAGCAGGUGGUCGGCUAUGUGCAGAAGAGGUUUGCUGAUCUGGGAAGUCCCAACAAACUAAAAAUAACGAUGGGCCACGGGGCCAAAGCCUGGGUGUCUGACUUCAACCAUCCUCACUACAUGGCUGGUCGAAAGGCCAUGAAGACAGUCUUCGGGGUGGAACCGGACCUGACUCGUGAGGGCGGCAGCAUUCCGGUCACCCUGACCUUCCAGGAGGUAACGGGCCGGAACGUCAUGCUGCUUCCUGUUGGAUCCUCGGAUGAUGGAGCUCACUCCCAAAAUGAAAAAAUCAACAGAUCAAACUACAUCCAAGGAAUCAAGAUGCUGGGUGCCUACUUCCAUGAAGUUUCACAGCUAGAAUGAACUGAUCAACUCCUAAAUAACAUCCAUCCUCAGUGGCACAAUCUUUUUAGUACAGUUUUUACUUUAUAAAUAAAAGUGCUUUCUGAAGACUUCUGACAAUAAACAGGUUUUUCCUUUCUUACUCUGUGUUCCCCUGCUUAAUUAAAAGCUGAAUCUUUCAGAUGUAUUUAAGGUAUUGGUGAUGAGCUUACACAACUAGUUCCGAUUUUCUAACAUUUUCUGUUGGUGGUUAUGAAAAUGUUGUAAUUUUUAAAGUCUGAUUAUAGAAUAAAUGGAGAUUAUUUCA